AUGGUGGAGGACAAGUACAUUGGCCUUGCGCUGGCUUUAUCGAGUUCGCUAGCCAUAGGAACGAGCUUCAUCAUCACGAAAAAGGGACUCAACGACGCUGUCAAGAAUUCGGAAUAUGCAAAUGCCUCAGACGAUCAUUCAUACUUAAAGAACCCUAUAUGGUGGGCCGGCAUGUCGACCAUUGCAAAUUUUGCGGCAUAUUUAUUUGCUCCUCCUAUCCUGGUUACCCCCCUUGGAGCGCUCAGUGUUCUUAUAGGAGCGGUGCUGGCAUCGCUUCUGUUGAAGGAAGAGUUAGGGCAUGUUGGUCGUGUCGGUUGCACACUUUGCUUAAUAGGCUCCCUUAUAAUUGUACUACACGCACCUGCAGACAAGGAGGUACAGACGGUGGAUGAGAUUCUGCAUUAUGCCGUGCAACCCGGAUUUCUAUUAUAUGUUCUGACCGUCCUGAUUUUUACGCUUGUCGUGAUCUACGCCGUCGCACCGAAAUACGGACGAAAGAAUCCGUUGGUCUACAUAUCUGUCUGCUCACUUGUUGGCUCAGUCUCCGUCAUGUCCAUCAAAGGAUUCGGCGUGGCUUUGAAGCUAACAUUUAGCGGGAAUAACCAAUUUACACAUCCAAGCACAUAUGUCUUUGCUAUCAUUGUUGUUGUUUGCAUCAUGGUGCAGAUGAACUACUUCAAUAAGGCUCUUGACAGUUUCUCAACUAAUGUCGUAAAUCCGAUGUACUAUGUCGGCUUUUCCACCGCAACACUUGUCGCCUCUCUCAUUCUCUUUCAAGGACUCAACACGACGGACGGCAUCACGACAGUAUCCCUGUUAAGUGGCUUCGCAAUCACUUUCCUUGGAGUACACCUUCUAAACUUAAGCCGAAUACCCGAGCCCCCGCGCGGUCACGAUUCUAUUCUCGAGAACGGGUUGCUAAAUCCCAGACUAAGUAUUUCAGGCCGACUUUCGAUGGACGGGUGGAAUGGGACCGCAUCAGGAAACAUAGGAGGCUAUCGUCCAGAUGGUGCACCCCAUUCCGCUGGCUUUGGCCGGCACAGCAGUUUGUAUCGGCACCAAACAUCUACACUGUACAGUGCUUUUGAAGAAGAUGGUGAACUCGAAGAACCUGGGCGGGAAGCAGUAGGUCUACGCCGACUGCGGGAAGAACCAGAGGAAACGGAUGAUGAUUUUAGCGAUGCAGAUGAACGCACGCGGUUACGAUCCGUAGAGAAGACUGUCCAAAAUGGUCACCUCCAGAAUACUCGAAAGGAGGGGUCAAGGAGCCACAGCAGUUCUCCAAGGUUAUCACCGAGAGCAGGCGGCUCGUAG